GUUGACAACAUGAUUUUUGUGGGGGAUUUUAAUGUUUGCGGCGCAUUGAUGAGCUUAAGGCGCAAAACGCUGGAGCAGUCAGAAAUAGACAACAAAGUGAUUGCGAAUAAUAAAUAAUGGCAACUUUGGCAAAGCCAAAAAAAAAAACCAAAAAACAAAGCGUCUACAGCGAGCAGCGUAGGCAAGAGGAAGAAGAAGAACACGAUGAGUUAUCAACAAGUAGAGCCCAAGAACAAAGAUAUGAGGAAAAUGCGUCGUCUGCGCCUUCACUGUUGGAAGAAUUGGAACGAGUGGCUAGCAGUAGUGGGAAUAGCAAAGCUGCGGCCAAUAUUAUUAGUCACGACUGCUGCAUUUCAAGUGACGUAGACCCCGAUCUGAUAACAACGCCAGUAACAACAGAGGAAAGUGAAAUCUUGGAGGCUACGCCCAGUGCCCCCGCAGCGCCCGUCUCUAGCGUGCCGCUCGUGCAAUAUCCCAAUCUGCAGCCAAUUCGUUUAACGAAUGCGCUCAUCGAGGAGCAACAGGCACAGAUUGUUUACAAGCCACAAGUGGCACGCUGCACGGGCUUCGUCUUGGCCAGCAGUCAUCUGAAGCCGUUUACUAGCGAACAGCUGCGAGAAUACUAUCAAUGUCCCGAUCUGGAGUUGGCCAAACAUUUUGAGCUGGAAUUCCUCAUGAACACACUGCUGGAGUCCAGUGAAACUGAUCCACUCUAUUUGGAACUGCUUGAAUACUACAAUUUGCAGGGUAAAUUGUCGUCCAAUCUCCAUGACAUCAAACAGCGACGCAAGGAAUGCGGGGAGACGCAGCAGCAAGUGUGGAUCAGCGAAUCGGUGACACGCACCUUCAGCGGUCAUUGUGGGGACAGCAAUAUGGUGCAAGAGAGCGAAACCUACGAGAUCUAUAAAGUGGAUCCCGUCAAACUAGAGGUGGCAUCAGCUAAGCUGACAAACCUCUACGGUUUAGUUUGUCACACAUAUACCACAAAUCUGAUCAAAACGAAGACAUCCAAGGUCCGCAUCGAUCAGAUCAUCAAUGAGCUCUGUGCUUAUUCUCAUGUGGAUCCAUUGGCAUCCAUUGAGCUACACGAGCGAUUGGAUGACAAUGCUCUCAAAUGUGUGGCGCAGUUACGACGCGCUAUUGGAAUACUCUUUAGCUUUGCUCGCCGUCCUAGUCCGAAUGCGCAAUUUGAUUGCGACUUAAAGAUCUGGCUGCGCAAGCUUGUUGCCUUGCAGCUGCUGCUGGCCACCAAGGAGGAUCAUUGGUUUCUCCUCUUCAAUAUUUUGCGUUGUCCCAACGGCGUCGCUAUCUGGGCAGCCGAAUUUCUGCAGCUUCCAGGCAUGACACCAAGGCAAAGCAAGCCCAAGGGCACGCAGCCCAAUGAACUGCCACUGCCAUUGAAUUCGCCUGAGCUCAACCAUUGUGUGGCUGUGCUACAGAUACUGUUGCUGCCCAUCAAGAAGCGAAACGAAUACUUAAAGUCUCAGGCUCAGGCUCAAAAGGAGCUGUCGGAUGGCUCAGGCAGUAAUGAGCGCUGGACAGUGGUGGACUCUGAUGGCGAGGAUACAUUGACGCCCACAGGCGAAUACGGAGGCGUUAAAGAGGGCGAUCUAAUCGCACUGCUCAAUCAGCUACCCUUCGACAAGCUCUUCACCUCUGCCAUGUGCAUUGAAAAGUUUCUCAAUGACUACAUCAUUGAGCCUGAUAUGAUAACACCACAGCGCAUGCUCACCGUGGUCGCAUUCUUUGCCCAACUGCUGGAGACACUCGGCGAGGGCAUGUUGACCUAUAACAACGAACGCUACAAGCAGCUGGCCAAGCGCUUAGGGCGUCUAGUGCGACACACGCUGCAAUACGUGGCCGAUUACCACGAACUAUUUUUGCAGAAUAAACUGCCCAAGUCACAGGAUGUGUGCGAUCGCAUUGAACUUGAGUUGCAGGCGCUGUUAAUGCGUGCUUGCAGCUACAUCUAUCGAUCUCGCAAUCUGGGCACCUGGCAGUAUUUCACCACAUUGCCUUACAGAACAUUGAAUGCCGACAUCAUUUGGCAUUUGUUCUAUUACCUCAAUGUUGGCUUUCCCAAUGAUUUAAACACCAAGAUCUCAACGGACAUGGAGAUUGUCUAUCAAAUGGAGUUCUGGAGCAAGUUUGAUGUGGCCAAUGCUGAUGUGUCGCCCGAGGAUAUGUUCUAUCUGCUGCAGGCCUUCUUCGAAAUGGCUAAUGAACGUGACCUGACCAAGGAUGGACCGCUUAUACGCAUCAUUUGUCUCACCAUCUUCCAGAUUGGUUUCAUUCAUCAAGGCACCCGAGAAUAUUGUUAUAAAACGGCACGCGAUAUGCUUGUCAACAUCACGUUGGCCUAUGAGGAUCUCCUGGAUUGCCUGCUACUGCAGCUAAAGUCGCGCUUCUCUGAAACAGAGCAAGCCGCAUAUCUUUUCAAGGCAUUACCUCUAGAGAAUUGGCGUCCCUCAAUGGACAGCUUUGAGCUGCUAUCACACUGGCUGCUACACUUUGAUUAUCAAGCAGCCGAAAACCAAUUGGCACGUCUCAUCAUUGGCCAUCUCAACUGGGGCUUUGAUGUCGAGGGUCGUUUCUAUCUGCCUCACAACAUACACGUGCGCAUGGCCUGCCUAAUUACCGAAGCUAUUACCAAAUACACUCCCGAGGUAAUUGGUGCUUCGGGCAUCUCUGAGAGCGUGCGUCAAGUGUCCUCAUUGAUUGACUCGACACAGUCCAGCCGCGAACAAUUUACCAACUGGUGUUGGCGCAUGGUUUCCAUGCUGCGACUGCAUCUGAUGGAUCAGAGCAUCGAGUCAGUGAAGCGUACGCUACAGCAUCCAACGGAGCCGCUGCUCUUUGUACCCGACUUGCAGCGUCUGGACAUGAUCUGGCAGGGUGUCACUGAGCAGCGACCGCUGGCAUUGUAUGUGGGAGUUCUUGUUAGUUUGCACGGUCAUUCCAUACCCGUGAUUUGCCAGCAUGGCUUUGAUUUGCUGCAGCAAUUGAUCAGUGAUCAUCGCCACGCGGCUGUUAUUCGUUGUCUGGAGCUGAUCAUACCGCUGUUCCUCGAAACACCCGAUACGCUGGCGAACUGCGAGAGCUUUCAGAAGUUACUCAUUACGCUGUUGAAUGCGGAUCGAACGUAUCUGAAGCUGGCCAAGGAUAUGGUCUUUGCCAACUCAAUUGGUCCGAUUCUCGAGCUCCUGGACAACAUGCUACACCAUCAGAUUGUGUCCUACACUAGUUAUGGCCUCUGCUCACCGCUGAAUCUCAUUAAUGUCUGGCUAAAUUGCUUUACAACGCUGCCAGAUUGGGCGCAGAACACGCAUGUUCUCUAUCUGCUAGACAAGAUGCUAUGCAUCUCAUAUCAGUUCACCGAUUGCCGUGUGCAAGCUGUCGAGUUCUUCUACAACUACUUCAAGGACUGCACCGAUUGGAAGUCGCCGCCCAAGUCGACCGGAAUAAAAGGAUUUUUUGGAGGUCAGGCCAAUUCGCCAGUUCCACAAAUAUCACCGCAAUACUGCUGGCUUAAUCUUGUGCUGUUGGACAUUGAAUUUCGGCUUCAGGAUACACGCUUUUGGCCCGAAUUGCUGCGGCAACUGGGGAAUCAAACUGUGGAGACUGCGCUGAAGAAAACGCUGUCAUUAAGCAAGUCGAAUGCGUUUCCGGCUAGACAGCUGGUCAUCUACAAGUACGCUCAGCUACUCUCCACAAUGGACACCACACACGCACUCUUUCCGAUUGUGUGCCAGAAGUUCUUUGAGCUCUAUUUGUGGCGUGUGCCCGUCGAAUGUGAUGUGAGAAUCACCAAUGAGAAUAUGGGCGUUGCUGAAAAGUUCUACGAGCACAAUGUGCCACUGAUGAAAACGAUCAAGACACAACUCAAGUCUGCCGAAGUCUAUUACGCUGCCAUCGCCAAUAAGCGUGCUCAGGAAGAGGCCACGGCUCACAUGUAUCGCAGCUGCACCAAGCUGAUGCAGAGUUGUGCUUUGUGGUUGGAGGACACACAGAUCAAUCGAUUUGCUAACGAUGCUACCCAAUUACCAGCACAAUACAACAGCGAAAAGCUGCGCGAGCUACUCAAUGGUCAUGUGUCCCAUUGGACAGAGUAUCUGUGUCUGGCCGAUCUGCGCAAGGAUCAACGCCAGCAAGCGGAUGAAUGGACAGCUAAAAUAUAUCGCACGCAUAAUUAUAUUCCACUACGCAAUCCAUUGCAACCCAAGCCUCGUUUGACACCCGCUCAACGCAUCAAGAAUCAUCUGGCUACGUAUGACAAACGGCUUCCAGCGCCCAAUCACCAUCAUCCAGAGCAGAUCCAAAAGCGACCCAUCGAUGGCAAAACAAAGUCCGAGCUUAAACGUCGCAUACAAACACUUAACAGCACCGCCAACAAGGUGCAUUACAACACCUCCGAAAUGAAUUCCCUCAACUUGAACUAUCUGGAACGCGUUCCCGCCUUGUAUGAAAUGGUGCCAUACGUGGACACGAGACGCAAAGAGUGCACAUCCCUGAUUUUCAAACGCAACUGCUCUCAGGCCGCGACGAUCAAAGUGGAAGGGGAACACAUCAGGCGCAAUGAGCAGAUUGCUAGAAAACAAGAGCAGAAUCGUGAUCGACAUGACAAGAUCAUUGAGGAGAUGUUGGCACUAAAUGUAGAUGGCUUUGCCCAGGCCAUAGUUGAGCUUGGCGAUUGCAUUACGCAGUUGGUUCAGGAGCAGUCAGCGAAUGCGAGCGCUACCGAUAUUGGACUUGACAUAUUCUACCAUGUGGUGGAUAAUAUGAAUGACACGACAAUGAAGUUUCCGCCCACCAAUGACUGUUACUCCCAUAUGCUGGAAGAACUGGGCGUAUUUAUUCAAGCGGAGCAAGCGGCACACGGUUUGAAAGUGCUCAAAUUGGCGCUGCAGCGCGGCGAUCUUGUAGAGCUGCUAUCUGGCGUCUUUGUGCCCUGCCGCACCGAUGCCCAGCACUUUUUGGAAAUGUACAAUUUCCUCAUCGAGUCCCAUUUGAAGCGGUGCGAUACCAAAAUUCUCUUUGUGCUGCUCUCCAAAUUUGAUCUGCUCUCAUGGCUAGAAACGUAUCAGCCCAAAUUAAGUGAAAUCAAUCGACUUCUGAUGCUGGUUCUUCAGGGCCUAGAGUCCUGGUCACAGCCAGACAGCAGUCUGUUGCAGGAUCAGUUCCGUCGCCAGCUGGUGCACAUCUUUACCUACGAUUUUCCGCAGCAUUAUGGCGAAGUUAUGCAGCUGGUGCUGGAUCGCAUCUCCGACCAGAAACUGAUGCCCGUGGUGCUGCUAGAUUUGCUCAACGCACUGCUUUCAAGCGCCAAUAGCCCCACGCUAGCAUUGCAGAGCAGCGAGACACUGCUCCAUGAGUUGGCCGUGGACUUUGCUCGACGCCAGAAACUGUUCACGCUGAAGGCAGCGACGGAUACGUUGCUGCUGUUUGCACGCCACUUUCAGAAGGAGCGACUGCAUCACGGACUGCAUGGCUUGUAUCCCAAACACAAGGAAUACUGCCAGCCGCUGGUCAUGUGGUUCACCUGCUUUUCUCACGUGUUGCUCGCUUCCGCCAUUUGCAGCUAUCAGGAACUACUAGCAGAUCAGAUAAGCGACAUUGUCUUUGGAUCCAUUGUGGAGACCUAUGCUCCUUGGCUUAUUCCCUACACAGAAAACACGGAAAUUGGAGCUGGCGCCGCAGCUCAUUGGAUACGCCAGUUGAGUCCAGAGCAAGGCAAGAUACUGCUGCCUUGGAGCGAGGCUCAAGUGGACAGCAGCAAGCUCAUGAUCCGUUCGUUCAUUGUGAGUGUACUGCAGGUGGUACAAUAUCUGCCAUCCUCAAAUAAAAUACUGGAGCACAGCUUCGCCUGGUAUGUGCAUCACUUUGCCCAGCCCAAUGUAGCCAGGCAUGUGUUAUCGCCGCUGCACGAGGGUUUGGCUCAGCUACCCUGGGAACGUUUCCUGCCGCCGGCCAAGCACAUUGAGCUGCUGUAUGAUAGCUUGCAACGCUUUGUGCCCGAAUCACAUGCUAUGCUGGGACACAUCUUUAUCAGAAUCGAUUGGAAUGCUUGGUUUGGUCAGAUGCCGCAAUCGCCAGAAAUUCUCUCACGACUCUUUGGAAUCUUUAUAAAGAUGGCAUUCGAACCGAACAUUCAUAUGCAUCCCAAUACGAGCAAGAUACUCGAGGAUGCCGUCAAGUAUCCCUGGCAUCUUGUAGAGUACAGCGAACUAGAGAAGCUGUUCAAAUGGUUCGUGUCCACCGUGGAACCUGCCAUUGUGCUAAAACUACCCAACGAAAGCAACUACGCAGAUCGAGCAGUUCUGGAUCUGCUACGCAUCGCCUGCGCCAUGCUGCCGGAGAGCAGCGCCCAAAGUGCCUUAGUGCAGGCAACAGCCAAGCGCAUGCUCUACACGCGAUCCAUCGUUCGCAUGCAGCGUGUCUGCGGAGCCAAGCACACCAAACUGAUGGCCACCAAGGAGGGACAACGCAGCUUUACCAAUGCCUUUCUGCAACUGCUACAAUCCAUUGAUCAGGCCAUUAGCGGCGUCAGUGAGCAUCGCACGCCGGAGGAACAGCGUCGAGAGGCUCUGAAUCUGAUGUUGGAACUUGUGGCGCCCACGCAGACACAAAGCGAGGAGAUAUCCAAUCUUCACAUUCAAACGUUAGUGCGCUGGCAACAACAUUGUGCACCAGCGAAUCCAGUCAUGUGUGCCGCGCUACCAGCAAUUGGACAUCUCAAUACGUAUAUAUCGAGCAUAUACAUGCUGCUGGAGUCCAGCAUCGAAUGCUAUUUCCGCAAGUCUACAGAGAACGCGCCGUGGCAUGCUCCCAGCUGGCAAGGAUUGUUUGAGGCGCUGCAAAUGUCGUUGCCAAAGCUGGAGCUGAUGCCGGUGCUGCAGGGCGGUUACUUUUUUUCACUGCACGUCUUUGUGCUUUAUAAACUGGAGGAAAUCGAGACGGAUGGCGAGAAAAUCACUUUUCUACAGGAUGUCACGCAAUUGCUGGAGAAUCUAAAAACCGAUCCACAAACCGAACCGCGUAUGGCUCUCGUUUGGGGUCUGAUCAUCUCGCGUGGCUGCCAGAUACUGCAGACUUCGCAGCUAAUUAAGAAACCACUUUGCAUGCUUGCACGACACCUGCAGAUAGCCUCAACUAAAGCAGAAGGGUGGAGCGAUGGACUGCUGGGAGUAAUUGGCCUGAAAUCGGAAAACAUUACCAAUAGACGCAAAGUAUUGACACGUUGCCUAGCAUGCAUCAUAUUUUCGCUGUUCCCCGCCAGUCGUGACCUGAAGUUGCCCAGCGAGGAGUACGAAAGCGGCAUGCGGGAGUUGGCCAUGUUGUUGGCCAACAAAAAGUUCACCGAUGUUAAGCCGCUGAUUGUUCGCGCCGUAAGCAUCAUGAAGGAACAACCGCUGCCUGAUCUGCAAGCUGUGCCGCAUUUGAUCUGUCGCUUGAUCGAUGUAUUCUACGAGCAGAGCUUCCUGACGACAAUACCGGAGGUGUGGGACUGCAACUUUAAGCUUAAAGCUAACUAAUUAAUCAAAUAUCUUAUUUGGCAGCCAAUUGUGUUAUUUUGUAUAAGGGGAAAAUAAAGUGAUCAUUUUGUCUAUUAAUCAAUUAAAUCAAUUAUUUUGUA